CAACACCUCACCCUCACCUCACCUCUCAGCGCACGCACACCUCUUGCACUCGACUGCCGCGCACAGCCUGCUUCAGUCGUCCUGAUCACCGCCCACUUCCGCGCUCUCAUUCACACGUCCACGCUUCUCACGCUCCCUCGUCUUCUCCGCUUCCAUCUGGCCGCCUUGUCUCACGCCUGAGCUCCUUCUUGGGCCGGCGCCGAGCCCACAUCGAAGCACGGCCAGCAAAGACGUUCUUUGACAUUCAUCUCUCGACACAUCUGCAACUCCCUCCACUGGCGGCGCAAAGCAGUAGCAGCGAGAUGGUCAACCUGACGCUCUACAGCACCUCGGCCGUGCUGCUGCUCGACGCAAACGACGGCGGGCGCAUCAUCUGCAAAUACUACACGCCGCCGCACGCGCCGUCCAAGGACGCCGGUGCCGCGGCGCCGCUGGCGACGCUCAAGGAGCAGCGCGCCUUUGAGAAGGCCGUGUGGGAGAAGACGCGGCGCGGCGGCGGCGACAUUAUCCUCUACGACUCGCACCUGCUCCUCUUCCGCACGCUGCCCGACGUGCUGCUCUACGUCGUGGCGCCCGCGGGCGAGAACGAGCUGAUGCUGUCGAGCCUCCUCUCGACGCUGCACGACGCCAUUACGCAGCUGCUGCCGCACGGCGCCAUUGAGAAGCGCGCACUGCUCGAGAACUUGGAUCUCGUGGCCCUUGCGAUUGACGAGGCGGUGGACGAUGGCAUCAUCCUCGAGAUGGACGCAACGACGAUCGCCUCGCGCGUCUCGCGCCCGCGGCCCGACGUCGAGAGUGUGGUGCAGAUCAACGAGCAAAGCCUGCUGAGUGCCUACAGCAGCUUGAAGGAACGCGUGGCGCAGCGGAUCCUGCAGGGCGGCCUCUAGCUCAUCAGCUGCUCUCGCCUGCGCAAUGUGAUGACUACGGGAGCCGGAGCUUCGAGACGGUCGCUGGGAGGGAGAGUGCCGAGGAGUGCCAUGAGAGACAGGAGAGAAGCUGGGCUCAGCGGCGGGCGCUGUAGAGCGGG